AUGAAGCCCCUCCUAGCCUGUCUUCUACUUUUCUUCAUCAUCCAAAGGGCUCUACCCUUGCCUCAGGGUGCUCCUGAGUCAGUUUGCGACUCAAUGAUGCCCUUCCAUGGUGGAGGAAUUUCUGCACAAAAUUCUCAAGCACCUUUCCAAAUAUUUUUGGAUUCUACAAGAACCGAAAAUGGACAACCUCUCAGACUGGUCUUGGGAAGCUCGCAGGGAGUUCCUUUUAAGGGAUUCAUGAUUCAUGCCAGAAGAGUAAUGCCCCCUUACGAUGUGGUCGGUACUUUUACCCCCGCCGGCGACGACACUUAUAAACUGAUCGACUGUGCAACCCCUGGGUCUACGGCAACGCAUACCUCGACGGUCAAGAAGCAAGAUCUUCAGCUAGAGUGGACGGCACCGGACAACUUCCUCGGAAGAGUAAUCUUCAGGGCCACUGUUGCCCAGGAAUAUGCCCAAUUCUGGGUAGGUUUGGAAAGUGAAGUCGUAGACGUCGUUCCUCGUGGUCAAGGAGGUCAACAUGGAGGUAUUUCUACUACCAGAAGGCCCUUACCUACCACUCCUAGGUUUUCUAGACCAAGCGAAUCGUCCUCGGCCCUCAAAAACGAUCCAUUCUACAACGGCUGUGGUUCCCAAAAAACCUGCUUUGGACAACCGGAGGGUUGCGUAACAACCAAAGACUGCAAACUGGUUAUGGCCUGCACAGUUCGAGGAGAAAAAUACCAAUUUGAAUUGAAAGCUACUGGAAAUCCUGGUUAUGCUGCUGUUGCAUUGUCUGAUGACUCGAAAAUGGGAGACGACAGCGUGAUGGAAUGUGUGCACCAGAAUGGUGCUGUUAAGGCCUUUAUGUCCUGGACUAUGCCUAGGCCUAAUUUGGGUGUCACCAGAGAAGGAGUUGAUCAAAGUUACAUCACUCUGUCAAAUGGUACAUUUAUUGAUGGAACUCUUUACUGCAAAUUCAACCGGGAAGCCAGGUCCGUUGUUAGAGACAGAACCUUUGAUUUAAGGAAGAAUCCUUAUCAUGUUUUGAUUGCUGCUGGAGAUGAUGCUGAAAUCGAUCGAGUCCACUACCACACCCUAGGAAAACUAGCAUCAGCCAACAAGCAGCAUUUGAGCGACGUAUCAGGAUUUGCAGCAGCCAGCAAACUCCUUCUGCGCCUGCAUGGUGCCUUCAUGUUAACAGCCUGGGUAGGCACAGCCUCUGUAGGCAUUUUAUUAGCCAGAUACUUCAAACAAACCUGGACUGGCAGAACAUUUUGCGGAAAAGACCAAUGGUUUGCAUGGCAUAGGUUCUUCAUGGUUCUUACAUGGUUGUUGACUCUGUCAGCCUUCGUGAUGAUUUUCAUAGAAAUCGGUGCUUGGUCUUCUGAACAAAAUCCUCAUGCAAUUCUGGGAACGGUGACGACUAUUUUGUGCUUUUUGCAACCGAUUGGUGCCUUUUUCAGGCCGCAUCCUGGUACUAAACGUCGACCAAUUUUCAACUGGUUGCAUUGGCUUGGUGGAAACUCUGCUCAUAUUCUAGCAAUUGUGACAAUAUUCUUCGCUGUAAAAUUGACCAAAGCUGAACUACCAGAAUGGAUGGACUGGAUUUUGGUGGCGUUCGUGGCUUUCCAUGUCAUCAUGCACCUUGUAUUAUCUAUUUCGGGCUGCAUCAGCGACCGGCAGCAGACCAAGAGGGUCAACUCGUUUCCGAUGAAAGACAUGUCCAGCAACGGCAGGAUGAUGGGCUCGGCUGAUAGGAAACAGGACGCUCCGUACUCCGGAUUUAGACGUUGCAUGUUGGCCUUAUAUCUCAUAGUGAUUGUUCUUCUGGUAACCGCGCUGGUCGUGAUAAUAGUUUUGGCACCAAUUGAAGAAACUUGGGAACAACUCACCAAAAACAUGAUGGGCAGAUCGUAGUCAACAAAAAAAUAAAUGAAAAUUGAAAAAACAAUAUGAAGUCAAGAAAGACUGUGUACAGUUUCAAACAAAACCAAUAGUAAUAGGAAAACAAAUCUUGGACCAUAGUAAGGGACUUUUUCGAAUACUCUAGGUAAAAAAAGUAAGAAAUCGGUGAAAUAUGAUCUAAAGUAUAAUAUUAUUAAUUAUUAGUCUUUAUAUAUCGCUACAGCUUUAUUUUGGAUUAACAUCAUUUAACCGUGUAGAUUUAUUUAUAUGUAGGAUAAGACUAAAAAAAAUCAUCUUUUAGGUAGACAUUCAUAGAUAUUAAAAUUAUUGAACAAAAUAAUA